CUUAGCAACCAGGGCUGCUCCCACCAUGGCUGAGGAAGAGGGUACUGCUGCAGCCACGGAGAAAGGUAGCCGGAUCCAGAGGGUGUUUAUAAACCUGCUGGAUUCCUACAGCAGCGGGAACAUCGGGAAGUUUCUGUCUAACUGCGUCGUUGGGGCUUCCCUUGAAGAAAUUACGGAAGAAGAGGAAGAAGACGAAGAAAAUAAGUCAGCCCUGCCGGAAGCCUCAUCAGUCAAACUGAAGGAAGGCACCUUCCAGAUUGUGGGCACACUCUCCAAGCUCGAAAGCGUUCAGCCUGACUUUGCCGUGGAGACAUACACUACCAUCUCUCGAGAAGACCUUCUCAUGCGCCUCCUGGAGUGUGACGUCAUUAUUUAUAACAUCUCCGAGAACGCGCCGCAAGCGGAGGAGGCCAUCUGGGCAGUCUCCGCCCUGAAUGAAGAAGUCAGCCACUUUGAGAAGCGCAAGGUAUUUAUUUUAGUCUCCACCGUGAUGACUUGGGCACGAUCCAAACCCCUGGACCCUGAUGAUUCUGAGAUUCCAUUUACUGAAGAGGAUUAUCGAAGAAGAAAACACCAUCCGAAUUUUCUGGACCACAUAAAUGCAGAAAAAAUGGUUCUCAAGUUUGGAAAGAAUACCAAAAAAUUCACAACUUACGUGGUUGCUGCUGGACUUCAAUAUGGAGGGGAAGGAGGCAUCUUACAUUAUUUUUUUAAGAUAGCUUGGUUGGGUGAGGUCCCUGCGUUACCGGUGUUUGGAGAUGGAACAAAUGUAAUUCCAGCCAUUCAUGUUCUUGAUCUAGCAGGAGUGAUACAGAACAUCAUAGACCACGUGCCAAAGCUCCAUUACCUGGUUGCUGUGGACGAGUCUGUCCACACCCUGGAAGACUUGGUCAAGUGCAUCAGUAAAAAUACUGGCCCUGGGAAAAUCCAGAAAAUACCCAAAGAAAAUGCUUUCCUAACCAAGGACUUAACACAAGAGUGUCUUGACCAUUUACUGGUGAAUUUGAGAAUGGAAGCCCUUUUUGUGAAGGAGAAUUUUAACAUUCGGUGGGUUGCCCAAACAGGAUUCGUGGAAAAUAUCAACAAUAUCCUCAAAGAGUACAAGCAAAGCAGAGGAUUACUGCCGAUCAAGAUCUGCAUUCUGGGUCCUCCCGCUGUGGGGAAGUCCAGUAUCGCCGAAGCCUUGGCCAAGCACUACAAGCUGCAUCACAUUAAACUGAAGGAUGUCAUCUCCGAAGCCAUAGCGAAACUGGAGGCGAUUGUCACACCUAAGGAUGAAAGGGAAGAUGAAGAAGAAAGGGAGGAGGAGGAAGAGGAGGAGAAUGUGGAAGAUGCCCAGGAGCUCUUGGAUGGCAUCAAGGAAAGCAUGGAACAAAAUGCAGGCCAACUAGAAGAUCAAUAUGUAAUUAGAUUUAUCAAAGAAAAGGUAAAAUCGAUGCCUUGCAGGAAUCAAGGUUAUAUUUUGGAUGGAUUCCCGAAGACCUAUGAUCAAGCUAAAGACCUGUUCAAUCAAGAAGACGAGGAGGAAGAAGAAGAAGUCAGAGGCAAAAUGUUCCCCUUUGAUAAACUAAUCAUACCUGAGUUCGUUUGCGUGCUGGACGCCUCGGAUGAGUUCCUGAAGGAGCGGGUGAUGAACCUCCCCGAGAGUGUCGUGGCGGGAACCCACUACAGCCAGGACCGCUUCCUCCGGGCCCUGAGCAACUACCGGGACCUCAAUACCGAGGAUGAGACUGUCAUCAACUAUUUCGAUGAGAUUGAAAUCCACCCGAUACAUAUUGAUGUAGGAAAACUUGAAGACCCUCAAAACAGACUUGCCAUCAAACAGCUCAUCAAAGAGAUUGGGGAGCCUCGAAAUUAUGGCCUAACGGAAGAAGAGAAGGCAGAGGAGGAGCGGAGGGCUGCAGAGGAGAGGCUGGCCAAGGAGGCCAUGGAGGAGGCGGAACGGGAGCACAGGGAAGCCGUGGAGCUGGCAGAGAAGAUGGCGCGCUGGGAGGAGUGGAAUAAGCGACUAGAGGAAGUGAAAAGAGAAGAAAGAGAACUACUAGAGGCCCAGUCUAUUCCCCUGAGAAACUAUUUAAUGACCCACGUGAUGCCAACCCUGAUGCAGGGUCUGAAUGAGUGUUGUAAGGUCAGACCGGAUGAUCCCGUUGAUUUUCUGGCAGAGUAUCUCUUCAAGAACAAUCCUGAAACGCAGUGAAAAUUUAAAGAUUGGGUGUGAUACACCUUUAGAGUUAGCGAUGAGGUUAAAAUUGUGAUUUGGAAUUCUCGAAAAAAAAUGUUUUUCCAGUUUUUGGAAAAUUCUUUGUUUUCCCCCUAAGCAAAUACUUUAUUUUUUC